AUGAAGUUCAACAUCAAGUUCAAACCCAGGCGCGAAUGGGAAAAGAUCCCCACCGAAAUGCAAUUCUCAAUAUUCAAGUUUACAUUCCCUGGCCAGAGAAUGUUCGACUUGAACCUUCAGCCAUGCGUCUUAAUCGAUCCAAGUUUUGCUGUCCGUAGCGCUAUCGAUGACCAGACGACUGAGCAGAGAAACCUAGAUUCCGCUGCACAUGCUGCAGCUAACGGCCAGGUUAUGGUUCGUGCUGAGCCUCCAACAGCAUUAUUCAUCAAUAGGGCAAGUCGACAAUACGCGUUAGAGACCUACAAACUUUUAGAGCAACCUCUAGCACAUCUUCCUGGUAGCUCUAGCAAAUCGAUGGGCCGCGCGUACUUUAACCCCGAAGUCGAUAUUCUGCACUGUAAAUCAAAGAUAGAAUACUUAUCGCCAGGCAAGAGAGCGGGACCAACCAUUAGUUCUUUCAAAAAUAAAAACUUGAUCCAGCGCAUUGCCCUUCCGUAUGAAUAUUUCUCGAGUCUGAAUUACGGUGUUGGCCGUCGACCAGUCUUGUUGAAUUACACUUCUCUUAAAGAGAUUAUCGUCCUGGUUGAACACUUGCACUGCUGUAUCCAUGGCAAUGAAACUCGAGUUAUGCUCGGAAUUAUGGGAACGCAACAUCCUAAAGAACACUAUGUCGACAAGUUCAAGACUUUGGUGGAGGGCAAGUGGGCUACUGCUAUGGCGAAGUCUUGGGGAAGUUUCCCAUUAGUGAGAUAUGCGGGGACUUGCAUCUGCGAUCGGUGA